AUGAUAGGAGUCAACAAUAGUGUUUUCCAGAAAUUAAAAGAAGUUCCAUCAUCUCUUCUAUUUAAAAGUGUAUGUCAUUCUUUACAGUUGGCAGUAUUCCACACUUGUGCUGAAUGUCUGCCCAUAAAUUUAGAAUUUUUAGUAUCUGAAACCUAUAAAUGGUUCUCUCAUUCUUCAACAAGACAAAGUGCCUACAAACAACUUUACCUUGCUAUCAAUGAUAAAGAGCCUGUGAAGAUUGUGAAUUCUUGUACAACUAGGUGGCUGUCAAUAGAACCAGCUGUAAAUAGAAUUUUAAGUCAAUGGUUUGAAUUGCAAACUCGCUUCCAAACUACUACUACAAAAGAAACGUGCUUUAUAGUACAAACGUUACAUGAAAUAUUUUAUGAUUCUAAGAAUGAACUUUACUUUUUAUUUUUGCAUCCAAUUUUAAAACAUGUUCAAGAAGUGAAUAAACUGUUUGAAUCAAACACUGUCGACAAAACAAAAUUAUCUGAAGAUCUUUCAAAUUUGAUCAAAUCUGUUGCUAAUAUGAUAGUGUUGCCAACAUGUGGAAUCAAUCCUCUUGAUCCUGAUGCGUCUAUUGAAAAGAUUCUGGAUCCUAAACCAAAUUUAGGCUACAGGUUCGAGUGA